AAAAAAAAAAAAAUUUAUUAUUUUCUAAUUUAAAAUCUCAAGCACUGUUAAAUACUAUUCAAAAUAUCAGAAACAAUCCGGCAGCCUUGGAUGGCCGCCACCGUCCCCGUCAAAACCUCCGACAGCACCGGAACGCGAGGGUUUUUAUUGAACUCUUCCAAGCAGCUAUUCACAUUCCUUAUCGCAAUCUCCAAAGUGUUUCUGCCGGUGGUGUAGUCUCCGGCCGCGACAGCCCUUUCGAUUCCCGGAAAAUCGCCGGCAGUAUACCCCGUCGAUAACCAGCAACCGUUCAAAAUCGUCUUCAAUGCGGAAUCCGGCGUGCUACGGAGAAGGUCGCCGAGUUUCUGCGCCAUUAAUCUGGUAUUUCUCUCAGCACAUCCAAUGGCGAUGACUGCGAGUCCACGGACGUCGGCGGUCUGGCUUCAGGAGGAGGAUUCGAAGCAAUCGGAACAAAUGACCGGCUGUUCAGUCUCGCCGCAGAGGCUUCCGAUCAAGGCGGCGUCUGGUUUCACGUGAGAAAAGAGAGCGAAGAGGACGAGAAAUUGAAGCAUGGAAUUGGAGAGAUUCAUGUUUGAUUUGUUAAAUCUUCGGAAUAUCAGUGUCUGGAUUAGAAGAACGAUGAUCUUCCAUUGCAGAAUUCGACCACCCCAACGUCCGUCGUCUUCCUCUGCUCCGGUAGACCGUCGGAGUGUAGACUGUACAUUAGACGCUCACUUCCGCUCAUUUCAAAUCAAUGUUUGUGAGAGCGCCGCUGCUUAAGGUUUCAUCAUUCUAUUCAAUCCCAUGUCAUUCUCUGGUUCCGUUGUAUCUCUCUUCCGCAAUUUGUUCUUCUCCACGGACACCUUUAUCUAUCCGAUGCCAUUCAUCUCUCCCCACAGCCCACGAUCCAUCUUCUUCGGCUCCCUCUGAAUCCCUCGAUGUGGUGCAUAAUCGUUGGAGGCCCAUGUGUUUGUAUUACACACAGAGCAAGUGUACAAUGAUGGAUGAUCCACUCCACAUAAAGAAGUUCAAUCAUGAUAUCUCCAGGGAGCUUCAGGUAGAUGUUGCUAGCUCAAAACAUAUGCGAACUCAGGAUAUUGAGUUUUUUCUGGUGCUUGAUUUGGAGGGUAAAGUUGAAAUAAUUGAGUUUCCAGUCAUAUUAGUCAAUGCCAAGACACUGGAUGUGACGGGUUUUUUCCACAGGUUUGUUAGGCCUUCAAGAAUGAGUGAACGAAGGAUAAAUGAGUACAUUGAAGGAAAAUAUGGCAAGUUUGGAGUUGACCGUGUCUGGCAUGACACAGCCAUACUGUACAAGGAUGUUAUACAACAGUUCGAAGAUUGGCUGGUUGAGCAUCAACUAUGGAGGAAGGAACUGGGUGGUGUUCUUGAUCGAGCAGCAUUCGUGACAUGUGGAAACUGGGAUAUAAAAACUCAGGUCCCACAUCAAUGCAGCGUGUCAAACAUGAAACUUCCUGACUAUUUUAUGGAGUGGAUCAAUAUCAAAGAUGUUUAUCUCAACUUUUACCAAAAGAAGGCGACAGGAAUGACGACGAUGAUGAGACAACUCGAAAUACCCUUGGUGGGAAGCCAUCAUCUUGGUAUAGAUGACACAAAGAACAUCGUGAGAGUGUUGCAGAGAAUGGUUGCCGAUGGUGCACAUUUGCAGAUCACUGCUCGUAGGAAUCCCAAUUCUCCUCAACAUGUUAAGUUUCGUUUUGAGAACCGUAUUUAAUGGCGGCCAUCUUCAGCAACUUAUCAUCAAUAUUUGUCUGGGUGAUUCUUAAAUUAGCUACAUGAGAUCUCAUGAAUUGUAAAACUAUGAGCUCGUGAAAAUGUCCUCGUAGGUGUAUUUUUCAGCGCCUUUUUUUCUCGUUCUAACAAUGACACAAUGGCACGGAGGAGGUUGAAUAUUUAGAAUG